AUGGCAGCGGCAGCGGCUCUCCAGCAGGAACUGAAAUGCUGCAUCUGCCUCAACAUCUACUCCGAGCCCACCACCUUGCCCUGCGGACACACGUUCUGCAAGCAGUGCAUCCAGAAGACCUUUCAGACCAGCGAUCAGCGGUCCUGUCCGGAGUGCAGGCGCCGGUUGCCUCCACAAAUGGAGCUCAACAGGAACACCAAGAUGUGCAGCCUCAUAGAGCACCUGACCUCCGCCAAAUCGAAGUCGGCAAAGGACCAAGGCGGGUGCUCCUACUGCGAGGAGACCGCCGAAAAGCUGUGCCUGGACUGCGAGACGCCGCUCUGCGGUGACCACCUCAAGAAGCACAAAGACUCUGCUGGGCAUGUUCUCAUUGACCUGAGCACCAAAGUCCAGAGCAGGAAGUGCGCCACUCACAAGGAAGUCCUUAAGUACUACUGUACGGAGGAGGGCGUCAACGUCUGCGCCUCCUGCGGUCUCAUCGGGGACCACAAGCAACACAAACUCGAGAGGCUUUGCGACCUCGCCGAGAAGGAAAAGUCUGCCCUGGAGCCGCUAGAAGAUCUUCUGACCAAGAAGAGGUCUGAAACAGAGGAGAAGGUCGCCCUCGUCAAGAGCCACAAGGAAAAGGUGGCUCAAAAGAGCCACAACGAAGCGGUCCGAAACUUGGUGAUCGGGGUGAUUGGGGACUUGAAGAAGGAGUUGGAAUCCGUGGAGCAUCAGAUCCUGAGCCAAAUCACCACGCAGGAGGACCAGGUGCUCACCCAGGUGUCUCAAGUGGUGAAAACAUUGGAAGGUCAAAUAUCGGAAAUCAACGACCAGAUCAGAGAAAUCCAGAACCUGCGCGGCACCUCCGACCCGCUGAACGUCCUGGAGAGGAAAGCUUCCGAGGCCGGUAAAGCCAAAACUCUAAUCAACGCCGAAAACGACUUUUACGUCAAAAAGACGGACGUUGGGAUGGACUUGGUCCUGAUGCAGUCCUCCAUCCACCGGUUCACAAAGAGAAUCCCGUUCCUGCUGAAGACCCGCGGGUUUUAUACCGAAGAUGCCACCUGCAGGCUGCUUCCCUUCAGCCAGAUCGCCAAAAACGUUCCUCCGUUCCUAAUACUGACCCUGGAAGGUCAGAGCGGUGACGGCCCCCGGUCCGCAUUCAGCGCCUCCACCUUGUCCUCCGGCCAGUACUACUGGGAGGUGGAGACCAGCGACAAGCCUCUCUGGGCUGUUGGAGUGUCCUAUCGGAACGAGGACUAUGAAGCCUUGGGGUUCAACGCCGACUCCUGGUGCUUGAAGCUGACCGAUGACAAGCAAUACAGAGCUGUGCACGACAGCCACGAAGUGAUUGUGGCAACCGGCGCCCCCGUCAAAGCUCUGGGUGUGUACAUGGAGUACGAGCCGGGGAUCUUGUCCUUCUACCAGGUGUCCAACAACGGUGCCAGGUACCUGUGCUCCAUGCAUGCCAAGUUCACCCAACCCCUGCACAUGGUCAUGUAUGUGGAGCACGGCGGCUGGUUAAGAAUAAGGAAGUGA